UCCCAUGCCCCGUCCCCAUAUCUCCUCGUGCGCGACAUGGCGGCGCCGACAGAACCCUAGCGCGCCCGCAUCAGACGACGCCCGGCCCCCUUCGUCCUCGACCGCGGCCGGCCCCCUUCAUCCUUGACCUUGGCCGCCACGCUUCGUCCUCGACCGCGGCCGCCCUGGUCCGUCCUCAACUACGGCCGGCGCACGUCGUCCUGGACCGUGGCCGCGCUGCACUGUCCUCAACUGCGGCCGCGCUACUCCGUCCUCAACUGCAGCCACCCUGCUCCGUCCUCGACCGUCGCAUCAACAACCGCCGGCCGCAGCAAAUAUCUUCCUCCCCGUCGGCUGCAACCAGCAAGCCUGCAACUCCAAGCCCCCACCCCAAGUUUGAUCAUGAUGAAUUCAGGAGGACUAGAAGGACCGGAGGGUGAUGAACCAGAGUACCAUCCCGAAGAAUUAGAAGAGCAGGACGAUGGGAUGCAAUUGUUUAUUGUACCUGCGGAUCCUCCUCGCACUCGGCAGAAACGUGUAAGGGGAAAGCAGCCAGCCGCUCAAGGAAGUGGAGCCGCAACAGAACAUGCACAUCCUACUACCGGAGGGGCGCAGCCGCAGUCGCAGCCGCAGCCGCAACCUACUAUUUCCAAACUGAAGUCAAAGGUAUGGCUUGACUUCACCAAGAUCUCGAAAGAUGGUGAUAAAAUGACGAUAGCUAGAUGUAACCAUUGUGAGAAAGAACUGUCGGCUAGAUCGACAAAUGGUACAUCUCAUCUCCUUAGACACACUGAAAAGAAGUAUAAGGUUGAACACGCGACAAUGAAUAAUUUUUUCUUGAAAUCUGAAACAAAUGAUGAUGGAAUAGCUGCAUUAAAAAUGGUAGAUUUGAUGCUCAAGUUGCUAGAAUUUCGGUCUCUAUUUAUCUUGUAUCCGGUGCUCAUCCAUUUACAACAGUUGAAGAAGAUGGAUUUAGAACAAUGAUGUCUGCUUGUUGUCCACAAUUCAAGUCUAUUGGUCGGCACACAAUAAAAAGAGAGAUAAUGGCAAUGUUUCUUAGCCAGAAAAAGGAACUGAUGGACAUAAUUCUUGCUGCCCCUGGUAGAGUUAGUUUCACAUCCGACAAUUGGAAAUCUGAAGUCACCAAGCAUAGCUAUAUUUGCAUUACUUGUCAUUACAUAGAUGCUGAUUGGAAACUAAACAAAAGGAUUGUAUGGUUCAAAAAAAUAGAUCCACCAUAUGAUGGAGCAUCUAUUGCCGAUGAGGUCCACCUAGCUUUCCGUGAAUGGAGGGUUGAUAAGAAAGUGAUGUGCAUCACUCUGGAUAAUGCAGCCUAUAAUGAUAGGAUGAUAGCUUGCUUGCGUACCCACUUGGCAAAAGGUGCUUUACCUUUGUCCGGUAAAUUCUUCCAAAUUCGUUGUUAUGCACACAUACUAAACUUGGUAGUUCAAGCCGGUUUGGCAUUGAUUGAUAAGUGUGUUGACAAACUUAGAGAUGGUAUAAUGUACCUAAAGGCUUCAAGCAAUAGGCUGCAUAAGUUUUAUAGUACUGCUACAACUAUUUUCAACCUGGAAGAAACAAAAAGGUUGAAACCUGAUAUGCCCAUCCGUUGGAAUUCAACAUACACUAUGCUUGGGUGCUGUUUGUACUUUAGAGAUGUGCUGCAUUGGUAUUCUGAGAGGGACAGCAUAUUCAAGGUCAACUCUUGGCUAUCCAAAGAAGAGUGGGCCAAGGUAUCUCAUAUGUAUCAGUUCUUGAAGGGUUUUUUCGAGGUAAUUACAACUUUCUCAGAACAAAGUAUCCAACAGCCAACUUGUACUUCGUGAAUGUCUAUCUUGUUCAUUCUGCUAUUAUAGAGGCUAGUGCUGGAGUAAAUAGUUACAUGGCUCCAAUGUUAGCAGUUAUGAGGGAGAAAUUCAUGAAAUAUUGGUCUGACUAUAGCAUAUUUCUGUCUUGUGCUGCCGUUCUUGAUCCCUGCAUUAAGUUCAAGUUUUUAGGAUAUGCCUACUCCAAGCUAUAUGAUGGUGAUGAUGCCCUUCAGCGCAUUAAUCUUGUUAAAACUACAAUGACUUCUUUAUUUAAUGAGUAUGGUAGUGGUGUACAUGUCAAUGAAAACAUAGCAACUAGUGCAUCAUCAAGCACGUGUGGACUUGGUGCCUUUUCUGACUAUGGUCAGUACGUGGAAAGCACGAGCUCACAUGAAGAGAGAUCUAAAUUGGAAUUGUAUUUGGCUGAACCUGCGAAGAGGUUGAAUGAAAAUGUCAAUAUCUUGGAUUUCUGGAGUAAGUCCGCAGCUAGGUAUCCGCAACUAGCAAGAAUGGCACGUGAUAUCCUUGCAGUUCCUGUGUCAAGUGUUGCUUCAGAAUCCGCUUUCAGCUUGAGUAAGAAGGUUAUAACCCCGAACCGAAACUCACUUAAACCAAAGACGGUUGAGGCCCUAAUGUGUUUGCAAGAUUGGUAUCGUUGCAAACUGCAGAAAAAAGAAGAUAAUAAGAGAAAGGCAGAAGUGGUUGCGCUAGAUAAUGAUGAAGAUUCAUCUUCGGAUGAAGAAUAGUUGUUGCUAGAGCAAUGAGAAGAGAAGAAGGUUCAGAGAAGGCAUGGCGAGAUGGCAGCCAACAAACUACUAGUCUUAUUUUGGUUAUGGACUGUAAUAUUAUUCAUGCACUUGUGUUUGUUGUAACUGGAACGUUUAGAUGUCGAAAGACUUGAAACUGAAACAUUUAUAUGUGGUUCUGCUAUUCUUUUGCUCAAACACUAUGCUGCUGUGUUGUCAAAACUUGUAAUGUAAUGCUGCUGUUUUGCUGUUGUUGAAACUGAAACAUUUAU